AUGUCAUUCCCAUAUAUGUCUUUCCGAACUUUGAUCCUCAUGUUGGUCAUCCCCAUCGUUAUAUCCAAAGAUAUUCAAUGGCGAUAUCAACAACUCAAAUACCAUAUUAGAUAUGUCCUCAAUUCGAUUGUAUGCGAUUUCAUUCCCACAAUUGGAGUUUAUACCUUGAUUGGUUGUUUGGCUGUACCGACUAUAAUGUUCAUGGUAUUAUUCAAGGUAUCAUCAUCUAUCGCACGAAUACUUUGUUCGAUUUUCCUAUUCUUAUCGAAAUCUUCAAACAUCUCCCUGGAAGAGAGAGAAGGAAAAGGACGAGAUGAAGAAUAUGAAUUCCAAGAAAAACCAGAUCCGCCACUCAUCUCAGGAUCCGCUUCGUCUUCGACUGGCAGUUCUACAUCAACCUCAACUUCUGGUUCUGGUUCAACUAUCAUUUCGUCCUAUGGUCCAGGUACACCCAACACACCUGUCAAUACGGUAUCUAUCGAAUCGUGGUCAUACGGUGUAUAUCUCAAACAAUAUCCUCCACUCACCGUUGAUGCCGAAUCCGACCAUGAUUCAGAAAAAGUGGAUGACGAUGCCCGACUUGAACACGUGAAAGAACCUCAACCUACAUUCGAAAGAGGCGGUGAUUACCCUUAUUUACCUCUUCGAUUGAACGAAGAUAGGAAUAUAUCCACAACCUCGACCGAGACUGACUCGCACUCGUACUCAGCCAAUACCGAUACCGAUACGACUUACGAUGACACCCCGACCACUAUCGACUCGGGCGAUGCAACCAUCGCCAUACCCACUAGGGAAGAUGAACAGCAAAAGGAAAACGCACGGAUCGAUAACCUACUUUUACGAGUUAAAAAGAUGAACAUCAAGCAUUCGAAAUUCGUCAAAAGGUGCGAGAAAGAAAGCGAAAAGUUCAACGCUAGCUUUCCGGGUGAUUUGGAUAUCGCCAAACUUCGACGAAGUCUCAAGGUCACGCAGAGGGGAAAAAAAGGAAAGAAGAAUGAACUGAAGUUGGAUUUGGCUGUGAUUCACGAAUAA